AUGGUCAGGGAAGAAAGCGCCUCUAAAGUAUUUGAAUACUUUAUUAAUACAUUUCUAAUUCUCUGUUCUCGAGGUAUCAUAUCAAACGAGUUAAUUAAAAAUCAAGAAGAAUUUAAUGCAUUAAAGAAUCAUAUAUUAAGGAUUAGAAUUUCGAAUUAUCAAGCAGCCUUAGAAAAUGCAUUUAAUGAUCAAUUUCCUUAUGAUAAUAAAAAAGAUUUCAUUCGGUUACAUGAUGAUAUUAACAAAUUUCAUAAUAAAGUCAUUAUAUUUGUUACUGAUUUGAAAAAUGAUGCUUAUAUGCAUUCAAAUAGAAUUUCAGAAUUGUUACAACAUUAUAAGUGCAAAACAGAAAUAUCAAGUCAACGACCCACACAGCUUAUCAAAGAAGUUUUGAAGCGAUUAGUAAUUGAUAUAAUUAUCGAUAUGGUUAAUACAUAUUUUGAAUUUAAUGAAGCAGAUAAUUUUUAUCCUGGAAAGAAUGUAAUAGGUUUAUUAUUAAAAAAGUUGUGUUUAUUAACUGUUAAAAGGUCUGACAAUAUAAUGAAAGAAAUUCCAGUAAAAGAACGUCAACAAAUUUACUUAUUUCUUAAAAACUUGGUGUUUGGUGAAGAUGAAAAUCACGAGCAUUCGUUUAUACAUAAUAGCAAAAAACAACUUAUUAAUACGAUAGAUCAAUACCGUACCAUAAUUAAAUAUUCCAAGAGAAAAGAAAUUGAAGAUUAUGCUUCAUCUCUUAUUCGUGAUGUUAUUGAUAUAUUUUAUUUUCGAAGAUAUACAUUUGAACAAAUUAUAGAUUAUAUGUGGAUUAAAAAUAACAAGCCAAUAGAUCCUCUAUCUAUUAAUAAAGUUUGGGAUGACGAUGCUGAUAUUGAUAAUUUAGUAGUUCAAUUUUGUUCAUUUCCACUUUUUGGAAGGAAGAAGAAUUCAUUCCAGAUACAAUAA